ACACAGCAGUAAGUCCCUGAGUUCCAUUUGAGGGGUGAUUUUAUGCAAUGGCUUCAAGCCACAGUUCUUCACCAGUGCCUCAAGCAAGUAGCAGUGAUGUUUUCUUUAAAAAGGAGGUAGAUUCUACUAAACAUAUUCGACCUGUACAGUCACUGCCAGAUGUGUGUCCCAAGGAACCUACAGGUGAUUCACAUAGUUUAUGUGAUGCCCCAUCUCUAGUUGCAGAUCAACAUAGAUGGACUAUUUAUCAUUCCAAAGUAAAUCUUCCAGCAGCAUUAAAUGAUCCUAGAUUAGCAAAAAGAGAAUCGGAUUUCUUCACAAAAACAUGGGGUCUAGACUUUGUGGACACAGAAGUCACGCCUUCAUUCUACCUCCCACAAAUCAGCAAAGAACAUUUUGCAAUAUAUCAACAGGAAAUCUCUCAGAGAGAGAAGAUUCAUGAGAGAUGCAAGACUAUUUGUCCUCCAAAAGAUACCUUUGAUAGGACUGUCUUACAUACUCAUGAUAAAUCCAGGACAGAUCUGGAACAAGUACCUAAGAUUUUUUUGAAACCAGAUUUUGCCUUGGAAGAACCCUUAACAUUUAAUUCAGUUUUACCAUGGUCUCAUUUUAAUACUGCUGGGGGAAAAGGAAAUCGUGAUGCAGCAUCCUCAAAGUUGCUUCAAGAAAAGCUGAGCCAUUAUCUGGAUAUUGUGGAAGUAAACAUUGCUCAUCAGAUCUCUCUACGUUCAGAAGCAUUUUUUCAUGCAAUGACCUCUCAGCACGAAUUGCAGGACUACCUCAAGAAAACUUCCCAGGCUGUAAAAAUGCUUCGAGAUAAAAUUGCACAGAUUGAUAAAGUAAUGUGUGAAGGAUCUCUACACAUUUUAAGACUGGCACUUACCAGAAAUAACUGUGUAAAAGUGUACAAUAAACUGAAGUUAAUGGCCACUGUGCACCAGACUCAGCCUACAGUACAGGUGUUAUUAUCCACUUCUGAAUAUGUUGGAGCCUUGGACUUAAUAGCAACAACCCAGGAGGUUCUACAGCAGGAACUUCAGGGCAUUCAUAGUUUCCGGCACCUAGGAUCACAACUUUGCGAAUUAGAAAAAUUGAUAGAUAAAAUGAUGAUUGCAGAAUUUUCUACUUAUUCUCAUAGUGAUUUAAAUAGACCACUAGAAGAUGACUGUCAAAUUUUAGAAGAGGAAAGACUAGUAUCACUUAUAUUUGGACUUUUAAAACAAAGGAAACUCAAUUUUUUAGAAAUUUAUGGUGAAGAGAUGAUUAUCACAGCAAAGAAUAUCAUUAAACAGUGUGUGAUUAAUACAGUUUCACAGAUAGAAGAAAUAGACACAGAAGUUGUUGUGAAACUUGCAGAUCAGAUGAGAUUGAUGAAUUUUCCUCAAUGGUUUGAUCUCUUAAAGGAUAUUUUCUCUAAGUUCACAGUCUUCCUCCAGAGGGUUAAGGCAACAUUAAAUAUUGUUCGAAGUGUUGUCCUCUCAGUCCUUGACAAAAAUCAAAGGACGAGGGAACUGGAAGAAACUUCAGAACAGAAGAAUGCUGCAAAAGACAAUUCAUUAGAUACAGAGGUGGCAUAUUUAACCCAUGAUGGGAUGUUUAUAAGUGAUGCAUUUAGCGAGGGUGAGCUACCACCUGGAAUAACUGACACUACCUCUCAAAGAAAUGCAUCUCCAAGCAGUGAGCCCUGCAGCAGUGAUUCGGUAUCCGAACCAGAAUGUACUACUGAUUCUUCAUCCAGUAAAGAGCAAAUAUCUUCUCUUACACCAGGAGGUGUUGAGCUUAUGGUCAGUGAGGACAUGAAGUUGACUGACUUAGAGCUGGGGAAGCUGGCAAAUAGCAUCCAAGAGUUGCUGUAUAAUGCUUCAGAUAUAUGCCAUGAUCGGUCGGUCAAAUUUCUUAUGGCAAGAGCCAAGGAUGGCUUUCUUGAGAAGUUGAAUUCCUCUGAGUUCGUCGCGCUUUCUCGAUUAAUGGAAACAUUUAUUUUAGAUACUGAACAGAUCUGUGGACGAAAAAGCAUGUCACUACGUGGGGCUCUUCAGAGUCAAGCUAAUAAAUUUGUAAAUAGGUUUCAUGAAGAGAGGAAAACCAAACUCAGUCUCCUGUUAGAGAAUGAACGGUGGAAGCAAGCUGAUGUGCCUGCAGAAUUUCAGGAUCUUGUUGACUCCAUAACAGAGGGGAAGAUUGCUUUACCUGAAAAAAAAUCUGGAGAGGAGAGAAAACCAGCCGACUUCCUGAUAGUUGAAGGACAGCCAUAUGCUGUUGUUGGAACAGUAUUGCUAUUAAUAAGAAUUAUCCUUGAAUAUUGCCAGUGUGUAGAUAACAUCCCAUCUGUUACUACUGACAUGCUUACUCGUUUGUCAGAUUUAUUGAAGUAUUUCAACUCAAGAAGUUGCCAGUUAGUUCUUGGAGCAGGAGCUUUGCAGAUCGUUGGCUUGAAGACAAUAACUACAAAAAACUUAGCCCUUUCUUCACGCUGCCUCCAGUUAAUUGUGCACUACAUCCCUGUGAUCCGGGCUCAUUUUGAAGCUCGCCUGCAGCCUAAGCAGUACAGUAUGCUCAGGCAGUUUGAUCACAUCACUAAGGAUUACCAUGACCACAUAGCAGAAAUCUCAGCAAAACUUGUAGCCAUCAUGGACAGCUUAUUUGACAAAUUGUUAUCUAAGUAUGAGGUGAAAGCGCCUGUUCCUUCUGCCUGCUUCAGGAAUAUCUGUAAACAAAUGGCAAAAAUGCAUGAAGCUAUAUAUGAGCUCCUUCCAGAAGAACAAACACAGCUGUUGUUUUUAAGAAUUAAUACAAGCUACAAACUCCACAUGAAGAGACAGUUAUCUCAUUUAAACGUGGUAAAUGAUGGAGGACCUCAAAAUGGGUUGGUUACAGCAGAUGUAGCUUUUUACACUGGAAAUCUUCAAGCCUUAAAAGGACUUAAAGAUUUGGACCUAAAUAUGGCUGAGAUCUGGGAACAGAAGAGGUGAUAACAUACUGGAAAACUCUAUUUGUUUCAGACCACAGGAUGUAAUCUGAAAAGAAUUUGAUGCCUGUCUCAAAUAUUUAAAGCAGAGCCCAAAAGCAUGUAUGUGGGGGAAAGGGAAGGGGAAAGUAUCAGUGUUGGGAACUGGAUUCAGUGGGACCUGCAAGGAAUGUCCUUUUUUGUGCAUCCUCAGUGAGGGAUAACUGAUCAGGUGUCUAUAACAUUUUUCAUUCUCUCUGGAAACAGACUCAGGUUUCUUUGGACCAAAUCCAAAAGAACACAUAGCUGUAACACAGCUGUAGUUGACUAGAAUGCUCUAUAUACCUUUAUAUUAAAAAAUGCUUUGCAUUUCUUCCAGUGCAAUGAAAUUCA